AUGGUGCUCUCGCGGACGCGCGCGCUGGCGUCGGACACCCCGUUUCGGCCCGACGGCUUGUAUGUGGUCGAAGUUGAGAUCUUUAGUGAUCCCAGAGACGCUGCACCCGUCACCAUUAGCAGGAUCAAUGCUGACUUUAAGACGGAGACGUCGCUGUCCUUUGUCUCGCCGUCGUCAAACAAGACCGGCUACCACAAGAUGGCGUUCCGCGAACUGGGAGCAGCCGGCGCUGCGCCGGUUCCGCUGGCCUCGCUGCUGACGUACGUUGAGCAUCAGUGCUACGACGAAGGGUUUGUGUGGUAUGGGCGACAGUGCCAGCCGUGCUCCAACUUUAAGGGCGCGUACUGUCCUGGCGGCGCACGGUUCUGGCCGCGGGCGGGCUACUGGUCGCCAUCCGAGACUGUGCCACCGACCAUGUGCCGGCUCCCUGCGGCAUGCCCUGGCGCGAUGGGUGAGGAUGACAAGUAUCCACCGCGGAUGGAUGAUGAUGGCGUGCGGAUGACGAUGCAGUGCGCCAAGGGCUAUGCCGACGAGUUCUGCUCGACGUGCGAGGAUGAGUACUACCAAGAGUACGGCGUGUGCCGGGCAUGUGGCUCGGAUGCGUCGGUGAAGGCCGAAGUGGCGCUCAUGCUGAUCGUGGCAAGCGUGUACUUUAUCGUUGUCCUCGGCUCGCUGUUCCUCUUCUCGGCACAGACACUGGUCUCUGUGGUCUCUGUUCUAGUUGCGGCACAGCAGAUGGUCAUUGUGUGCAAGGUCGGCCUGCAGCAGCUCUCAGGCUCGAUGACGUCGCCGAUUUUCCCCACCAUUGUGCGGGUACUGUCUAUCAUCAACUUUGAGAUUGAGGUGGUCAAGCCCGGCUGCUCUGUUGGCGCCCUCUCGUUUGUCUCACUCUAUACGGGCACUGUGGUUAUUGUCGUUCUUGCUGGCUUUAUGUUCAUUGCCGUUGUCUGGGUCCGGACGCACUCGUGUCUGGCGCGCAGCGCGCAUCGGGCUACGUCUGUGCUUAACCUUCCGACGCUGCGCAACGAGCUGUCAUCGUCGUCGUCGUCGUCAUCGUCGAUGGUGCUCGACGGCAACAGCUCCAUCUACGGUUCGUCGAUUCCUCACCACGAGGCGUUUGCGCGGUCAAACGCGCGGCUGGUGGCCUCACUCCGCUCCGGCACCGCAACCUCGCUCAACACGACGCAGCUGUUGCAAGAGCGGCUGGAGGAUUCGCGGACUGUUGGAAGAACUCCCUUGAGUCGUAAGGACAUUAUGCGCUCGCGCUCUAAGCACGCCAUCAUGAUCCUGUUUGCGCUCUCUUACCUGCAGCUCUCGCUGCGGACGCUCGAGGCGCUCAACUGCAUCAAGGUUGGCGACGGAAGCCUGCGGUUGGUCGCGGAGAUGCGGGUGACGUGCUACGAGGGCGAGCACCUGCGGGCUGCGGUGCUGGCUUGGAUAAUUCUUGUGGGCGUGUGCGUGGCGUUCCCGGUGUGGAUGUGCAUGACAGGUAUUCAGAUGUACCGUGCGCUGCGAGCGCUCAACAUGGUGGUCAUCGAUGUGGCGAUGGAGGCGUACGGCUUUCUGCUCCACGGCCUAAAGCCGCCGUUCUUUUGGUUCCGCGCCCUCCAGUUUGUCUCGACAUUUGCUUUUGUGGCCGAGACGGUUUUUCUCGGGGAGUCUGGGCCGCGCAUCUUUGCCACGAUUGUCAACUUUACAGUCACUAUGCUUGUAGUUGCCAUUCUCGACCCGUUCAUCCAUGAGCUCCACACGUUGCUUUCGAUUGGUUCGGGGCUGGCGUCGUCCGGCCAGCUCAUGUACUACCUGUACCAAGAGGAUGAGACGCUCUUUGGCAUUUCUGUUGGCUUUCAGAUUGUCACGAUUGCUGUCGCUGUCGCUGCGAUUGUCUUUCAUGUUUCAUGCUCGACGACGAGCCCGAGCUGA